CUGACCUGGCAACAAAAUAACGUAGCUAGAGAAGAAAUCUGCUAGGGAGGGGACUGAAGAACAAAACAAUGACACUGCUCGGAAGGAUUCAAAUACAGUAACACUUUUUAAAGACUUUUUAAAAAACGAAAUCGCUCGGGUUUACCUCCCAUUUUAAAGCAAAAGAGUCCGCGGAUGUCCGAGCUUUUGACAUCGACUCGCUGUUGUUUUUGUUGAUAUGUUGUUACAGCUCAGUUGACAGACCGGAGGCUAGCUGCUUGUUUAGACGGCUAUGAACUGUUAGGGCUUGUUGGCUUUCUAAUUAAAGUCUUUCUUUGGAAAAAGUUGAAGCCGUCCGUCGAAACUUGCUAGCUGUAAGCUAAGUAUUCCUGUUUGGAUGCCAAAUUAUUUACCGAGUUUGCUAUUGCGAGCUAUUAAGGGUCAACUUGCUAGCUAGCCUGUUGUUAGCAUUAACAUUUGCACAUUCAUCUCUUCAGGGAGAGUUCAUUGUCUUCGUCGGUACUGGCUAUCUGCACAGUUUUCUGUAUUAUUUUCCAGUUUUAUUCGCUAACCUUCGAUAUAAUUUAUGUAAUGCUGAAGCUAAUUGCUAACUUUAAUGCACGAACAAGCUGUUAGUGGUAAAGAGAUAUUGUAACACAAGGAGACGGCUGUUCCUGCUUCUUUGCCUCACAGUUAGUUGCACUAAAUGGCAUUAUUAAAAUUGUUUUAAGUGUUUCAGGUCCAUGACACAAAAGCUACUUUGAUAAAUUGUACAUAUUAUUGUUAGAGACUCAGUUGUGGAUCACCAGGCCUGUUAACAUGCAGCUGUUUUAAGUUGAUCUAGUCGUUGUAUUUUGUCAUUUCAGUUGCCAGUAUUACCAUAUGUUGUGCAUUUUUCAUUAACUGCUUUUGGAAAUAGCUGGUGCUGUUGCUAAAGCUGUUCCAAUAAGCAUUGUUCUGUAUUCAAGUUUAACUUGUAGGAAACGAUGAGUGGCCAUGGCUCAUCUUCAGAAAAGGGAGUUAAUACUAGUCUAAUAUGUCAAGAAAGUUAUGCCUGUGGUGGCUCUGAGGAGGCUGCAUUUGAGUGUGAUGAAUGCAAAAGCCUUCAGUGUAUUCGUUGUGAGAUCGAGCUGCACAGUCAGGAGCGUUUGAAGAACCAUGAGCGGGUUCAGAUAGGUCCAGGGCAUGUGCCUUACUGUGACAACUGUAAAGGAGGUAAUGGAGACAAUGGUAAACGCCAUAGAUCUGUAGUCCGCUGCCAGAACUGCAAAGUUAACUUGUGCCAAGACUGUCAGAAACGCACCCACAGUGGAGGCAACAAGAAGAAACACCAGCUCACAUCUUAUCCUUCACCACCUAAACCUGCAGAGGUCAACUCUGUUCAAACAACUGUACAGCCCGUUGUUCAAAUAGCAGAUGAGAUCAAAUCUCAGCGAGCGAAACUCUUGGAGAAGGUUUCCAGUUUUCUCCUUGUUGAUGAGAAUGAGGAAAUGCAGGUAAAAGAUGAAGCUUCAUUCAUAAAGAGCCUGAGCUGUGAGCCCGACCAGCUGCUGAAGGUGGUGUCCAUCUUCGGUAACACGGGAGAGGGCAAAUCUCACACCCUGAACCACACGUUCUUCAUGGGGAGAGAAGUGUUCAAGACUUCCCCCACACAAGAGUCGUGUACGGUAGGCGUGUGGGCCGCGUUCGACCCCAUCCACAAAGUGGUGGUCAUCGAUACAGAGGGGCUGCUUGGGAACAGCUCCAAACAGGGCCAGAGAACCCGUCUCUUGCUCAAGGUGCUCGCCAUCUCUGACCUCAUCAUUUACCGCACCCAUGCCGACCGCCUGCACGAUGACCUCUUCAAGUUCCUCGGGGACGCCUCGGACGCCUACUUGAAGCAUUUCACCAAGGAGCUGAAGGCCACGACGGCCCGCUGCGGCCUGGAUGUCCCACUGUCCACCCUGGGCCCUGCGGUGGUCAUCUUCCAUGAAACCGUUCACACCAAGUUGCUUGGCUCAGAUAAGUCGUCCGAGUCAGUGGAUCGGCUGCUGCUGGAGCGAUUCAAGAAGCUUUGCCGUUUCCCUGAGGCCUUCAGCUCUGUCCAGUACUGGGGUACCCAGACUCUUACCCCGCCUACCGACUUCCGUGGCCUGCAGAAUAAACUGGAGCAACUCCUGGAUAACAACGCCACCCGUUCCCCACGCACCCCUGUUGUCAUCUUCAAAGCCCUGCAGGCACUGAGUGAGCGUUUCAAUGGGGAAAUCACAGGUGAGCUGGUAGCCCACAGCUGCUUCUUUCCUGAUGAGUACUUCACCUGCUCCAGCCUGUGCCUCAGUUGUGGCUCUGGCUGCAAGAACAGCAUGAACCACUUAGGAGAAGGAAUGUGCCAUGAGGCGAAACAUCGCUGUCGUUAUUCUGCUCAGUAUGAUAAUCGCAUUUACACCUGUAAGGCUUGCUAUGAAGGAGGAAAGGAGGUGAUAGUCGUCCCCAAGACGUCAGCCUCCUCAGACUCUCCAUGGAUGGGCCUCGCCAAAUACGCUUGGUCUGGGUAUGUUAUUGAAUGUCCCAACUGUGGAGUGAUCUAUCGGAGCCGUCAGUACUGGUAUGGGAACCAGGACCCUGUGGAUACAGUUGUCCGCACUGAGAUCCAGCAUGUAUGGCCAGGGUCGGACGGCUUUUUAAAGGACAAUAGCAAUGCAGCACAGCGUCUUCUGGAUGGAGUCAACCUAGUGGCCCAGUCUGUGUCAGAGCUCAGUGUCAAGCCUGCCAAGGCCGUCACCUCUUGGCUGACAGAUCAGAUCGCCCCAGCCUACUGGAAACCCAACUCCCUCAUUUUGGUGUGCCAUAAGUGUCACACAGUCUUCCAGGACAACGACACCAAGCACCACUGCCGUGCCUGUGGGGAGGGUUUCUGCGAUGGCUGCUCUUCCAAAGCCGCACCCGUCCCUGAGAGAGGCUGGGGUCUUGGCCCUGUCAGAGUCUGUGACGUCUGCUUCGAGCAGCGGGCCUCAUACGCAGAGUUGCUUGAAGCAGAGCUCGAGGAGGAAGAAGGUGGAACCCUGGCCAGGAAGGUUGGAGAGGCAGUCACCAACACCAUAGGGGUUGUGGUGACUGCUAUCGACAUCCCACUUGGCCUGGUGAAAGACGCAGCCCGUCCUGCCUACUGGGUGCCUGACCAGGACAUCCUGUCCUGCCACAACUGCCAGCGUGAGUUCACUGCCAAACUGUCAAAGCACCACUGCCGCGCCUGUGGCCAAGGAGUGUGUGACGACUGCUCCCCGGAGCGCCGUCCGGUUCCGUCGCGGGGCUGGGACCACCCUGUGCGCGUGUGCACCAGCUGCAACCAGAAACCUGGAGAACUUUAACAAGGACGGGCUUCCUUCCUCAGAGCACCAGAGAGAACCACUCACUCACUCAGCUCGCAGUCUGUCACUGCUUUACCUCUGUUACUCCAAUGGUUCUGUCUUGUAUCUGUGGCAAGGAAGUUUUUAGGCAUAUGUAGGACGUUUAGCAGAUUUGGGAUUUCAGAGUUCCUGUGGCCUUUGUAGAACAGCCAGAACAUGUGAGUUACUUGACUGAGUGUGAAACCUGCAUUUCCACUCUGAUUAUUCACAGAAUGAAUAUUUUGAUUCUUAUUGACACAAAUCCCUAAUUUUACGUUAAAUAAGGCUGUUCAGCUAUUUUUCUACUGUCAGAAAAUAUUAAAAAAAAAUGUAUCAUUUAAGGAAUAUUAGGAUAGUUGAGAACCCCAUGGGGUUGGUGUGAUUAGUUUCCAGCAAUUCUUAUUAUAGAGCAUUGUUUCUCUGAUGUAGUAUGUGUAAUGGCAAGGAGAUUUUAUAUCUGUGCAGGUAUAACUGCAGGCUCCAUUGCAUGCUGUAUUGCAACAUUUUAGUUUUUGCACUAAGCCUCUUUCAGCUGUUAUAGGCUGUUGCUUACUAUGGCCAAAACCCAGAUAUCCAGACUAUCAAGCAGUCUGUUCCCAAACUGAGCUGGAAUCUAAGGUCUAGAGCGGUGAUAUCUGGUGUGCCAAAAAUCAUUCAGGUCACUGUGUCUGUGCUGGUAUAAUGUUUAUAUUUUAUCAUGUAAUUUUGUGGUUGUAUGAAGACAUAGAACUAUGUUAGAGGGGUGUACAUUUGAAAUGUUGAAAAUUAUUUAUGCAUUGAAGAAAAAAAAAACUUAUUAGCACUCUGGCAUGCAUGACAGUCUGAGAGAUUCAUGGCCUUUUACUUGUUCAGAGGACAGUCUCUGAAAAAACCUCACCAUUUCUUUUACCAAGCGGCAUUUUAGUGUAUACAUGUUGUAAAAUGUAGGCAUUUCAUGUUCAAAUUUGUUUUCUUAACACCUUGAUUUAAUUUUUAAAAAACAUUUACAGUUGAUAAGGACUCCUUACAAAGGUCAACACAUUUUUGUCCAGCUCAUCACAGCUAGUUUUUCCGUUAUUUUACAUCAGUUAUUGAAAGCUAUUGUAUUUUUUUUCUUCAGUUUUUUGUUUGACAUUAGUUACUGUAUGGAUAUUUAUGUACUUUGUAACGAUCCUAUGUGAGUCACCCUUACUCCCCAUAGAUUUUUUUUUGUCUUUCAGAAUUACACAGAAAAACACAUGCUCAAAUGUGGCAAUGAUGAGAUAUUGAAUCAUAUUUAAUGACUGAGAGCUUUAACGUGUCUUGCAUCAUUACUACUUUUGUGUUAUUGAGUAAUGAGACCGUUACAUGUGGAUAUCAUACAAAGCACAAGGUGAUGACUUUAACACAUAUGCUUGUAUUUUAUUGUUAAAAAUAAGAAAAAAAGGGUCUUUGUCUUUGUAUGCUUUGUAGAUAAAGUUAAUUCUCCCUUUGCUCCGUACGUGGAACUUUUUGGUUCUGAUGUCUGAUGAGAAGAUGUUGUCUCUGCCUCGUCUCAAAAUAGAUUUAUCUGUCUGAAUGUUGCAUCACGCACACCCUCCUCGGAGAUGCUAAUAUUGCACAGGGUAGAACAGGAAAUACAUCAUGUUGGAUCACUUAUACUGGACUUCAUUCCCAUACAAAUAUGUGCAGUCUGUUGCUUCAAAUGUCCGUUGUGUUGUCCGGUUUUGUUUUGUUUUGUUUUUUCAGAUUAGGUUGGGUGCUACUAUGAACAUCAGCUCACCUACACACUACAAAUCAAGCAGGAAUGAUUGAUGCAUUUUAAACUAUUGGAAACGAACUUGAAACAGUGAUGUGUGGAUACUUGCUAAAUUGAUGGAAGAUUUGCAUAUGAUUAAAGUUGUAUCAGCUCCUGUCUGUCAAAACAUAA